AUGAGAGAUGGCCGGGUCCGGCCCACCACAUCGCAUCGCCUCCACCCCUUCUUCUACGGUGAACCGGAACCCAAGCCCGCGCCACCUCGAGGAUUGACGCCCAUGAAUGUCCAGGCUCUUCGCUCUCGUGUACACAGCCGAGAAAUCUCGGAGCGUAAACAGGUCGGAGACGCAGAGAGUUUGUUCCAGACAAAAAAGCGACGAGAGGAAAAAGAGAUGUAG